CAGCUGUGUUUUUUAUCUGACAAACUAUGCAUGGAUGAACUUAUGAAUUAUCAGAUCAGUGGACUUCCUUGUCACACAAAAUUUAGCUAGUGUUUUGCGGAUGCUAUCAGAUUCCUGUUUAACGUUACAGCAUAGCACUAGCGCGGAAUUUGUGUUGUUGCUUGUUGGUGUUAUGAAGACGUGUCUCCGUAUCAGUGAACCAUAACAGUUCGAAUAUUGUGCCGUAAAGUCCCACGAGAACCUUGUAGAGCUAUGGAGGAACCGGCGACUAUAGAAGUCACUGUGAAGACUCUGGACUCCCAGAGCAGGAGUUACAAAGUGAGAGGAGAGCUGACUGUGAGGGAGUUUAAGGAGCAUAUUGCUGCCUCAGUGGAAAUCCCAGUGGACAAGCAAAGACUCAUCUACCAGGGUCGUGUCCUACAGGAUGAAAGGACUUUGACUGAGUACAAUGUAGACGGUAAGGUCAUUCAUCUGGUGGAACGCGCCCCUCCACAGACCACUCAGUCAGGUGGAGGGGGCGGGGGCGUGUCGGGUUCUUCUGGGAGUGCCGAGGGCGGCCCUACCCCAUCUCACUCCGCCUCCUCCACGUCCCCCCCCCAGGGAGGCCCACACGACCGCAACGGCAACAGCUACGUCAUGCUGGGCACCUUCAACCUGCCAGUCAACAUCAUGGACCCCCAGCAGAUCCAGAUGCAGGUACAGCAGAUGAUGUCAGGAGUCGGAGAGGCAGGCCGUGCCACCCGAGUCAGCACCAGCACCGGGAGUAAUGGUUCGGUGGACCUGCACAUCAACUUGGACCAAUCAGUGCAGAGUGAGCCCCGACUCCGGCUGCAGUUGGCUGAGAACCUGCUGAGAGACAUCCAGGCAGUGAUCCACAGACUAGAGGGCCAGCAACCAGAAGCAACUGCCAGUCAGCCCUCUGCCCCGCCUCCGUCCUCUUCUCCUGCUUCUCAGCCAAUGGACACGUCUCCUCCCGCCCCCCCAGUCACCACAGACUCCGCAUCAGCCUCCGCCUCUGCCUCCUCCUCUUCCUCCACCACCACCACCACUCAGACAGAGAGCACCGCCCAAUCUGGGCCGAAUCACCCCAGCCCUGCUGAGCUGGUGGAGGUGCUGUCUGAGGUCAGGAGGCUGGAGGAGCGUCUCCGGCCAUUUAUGGAGAGAACUCACUCCAUCCUUGGGGCAGCCACCUCUGCUGACUACAACAACAACACACAGGAGCGAGAGGAGGACCAACGUACACUUAACCUCGUGGGAGAGUCCCUGCGUUUGCUCGGCAACACACUUGUCAACCUGAGCGACCUGCGAUGCAACCUGUCUGCUCAGCCCCCCCGCCAUCUUCACGUGGUGCGGCCCAUUUCCCACUACACCUCCCCUGUCCUGCUGCAGGGUGGCGUGCCUCACAUCCCUAUUCCGCAGAUGAAUCUUGGGACCACAGUUACAAUGACGUCCAAUGGGAGACAUGCCACUGAGGGUCAACCACAAUCCACUCAGCCUACUGGUCAAUCAGAUCAGCAGAACCAGGGUCAGUCCCCUCCCACACAGCCCAAUGCCACCAAUCAGCAGGGCCAGCCUCAGGCUGGGCCACGGGUCAUCAGGAUCACUCACCAAACCAUGGAGCCAGUGGUCAUGAUGCAGAUGAAUCUGGAUGAUUCAGGCACUGGGCCACAGGCAGCAGGACAGCCCAACGUCUCUGCUGCUGGACACACAGGUGCCACUCCUCCCCUCCACAUCCCAGGCCUCCCCCCUGAGUUCAUGCAGGCCAUCGUGCACCAGAUCUCCCAGCAGGCCGCUGCCAUGGCCGCCGCCAAUGCGGCAGGACACCCGGGUCAGCAGCACGUGCCCACGGGAGGGGAGGUCCCCGUGCCCCCGCCCCACCCCCACCCCCACGCCCGCGUGGUCAUCACACGGCCGUCCUUUUCCCCGCGCAUCCCACAGCCCAUCACCAGGACGGCCACCAUCAACCUGAGGCCAGGCGUGCCCACCCCCACACCGGGGCAGCAACCUGGACAGGGCGUUCCUGGAGCCCCCUCUCCUCUCAGCCAGAUGGUGUCUGGGCUGGUGGGGCAGCUGCUCAUGCCGGUCCACACAGGUGACCAAACAUCCACUUCCUCCUCCUCUCAUUCCUUCUCAUACUCCACCUCAUCCUCCUCUUCCUCCUCCUCCUCCACCUCUUCCUCCUUCUCCUCUGGGGCCGCCCCUCCUCCCACCCCCUCCACCCAGAGCAGUGGAAACGCAGAGGGGCAGCCCCAGCCGCCGGAGGGGGCAGGUCAGGGUCCCCAGGAAGGCGGGGCCAUGGAUGGGAAUCUGGCCCAGCUAUUGGGCUCUCUGCUGGGGGGUGUGGCUGCAGCUGGAGGGGCGGGGCCAGGAGCCUCCCCCUCCAUCACCGUCACUGUACCUGGAGUCCCUGCAUUCCUGCAGGGCAUGUCUGAAUUCAUGCAGGCCAGCCAGCCGGUCUUCCCUCCUCCUGGACAGCAGCCUCCUCCUCCGGGCUCCGCGCCUCCCCCUCCCACGCCUCCCACCUCCCAGCCGUCGGCUCCGCCGCCGCCGCCCCCUGGCUCUGCAGCGCCACCCGGUGGCGAGACGCUGAGCCCGGAGCUGUUCACGGGCAUCGUGCAGGGCGUGCUGUCCACGCUGCUGGGCUCGCUGGGGGCCGGAGGGGCCAGCAGCGAGAGCAUCGCCCAGUUCAUCCAGCGCCUCUCCCAGACCAGCAACCUCUUCACACCUGGCUCUGGGGACGCCGUCGGGUUCUUUGGCGACUUGCUGUCCCUGGUGUGUCAGAGCUUCUCCAUGGUUGACAUGGUGCUCCUGUUGCACGGCAACCCGCAGCCCCUGAGCCGCAUCCAGCCGCAACUCAGCGCCUUCUUCCGAGAGCACUACCUGCAGGGCCGCGAGCCCACCGACGCCAACAUCAACGCUGCAGCUGAGGAGCUCAUCAAUGGACUAGAGGAGUACAUCGCCGAGAGCUUUGCUACGGUGACAGUGCGUGAGGGGGUGGACAUUGUCCAAACCAACUUGUCCUUCUUACGCCAGCAGUUUACACGCAUGGCUACACACAUCUUGCGCUGCACAGACCACACCUUUGGCCCCCGGCUUCUGUACAUGUGCACCCAGGGCCUGUUUGAGUGUUUGGCUCUGAACCUGUACUGUCUCAGAGGAGAGCAGAGGGCCCUCACUGCUGUCAUCAACCACCGCAUUAGGAGGAUGUCAGCAGAGGUGAACCCUAGUCUGGUGAACUGGCUGACCAGCAUGAUGUCCAUGAGGCUGCAUGUGAUCCUGGAGCACAACCCUGUACAGGAAGUGGACAUCAUCCACUAUGUCAUACACACACAGAGUGAAGCAGCUCAGAGGGUGGAUUCAGAUGCCCAGGCUGAGCAGCAGGCGGACAUUCAGAAUGUAGAGAUGGAGGAGACCAUGUCCCCGGCUCCUGCCACCACUGCAGAAGAGGCCAUGAUGACCUCUGCAGACGCCGCAGAGGGCACAGGGUCGCGCCGGGCGUCGUCGGGGGAGGCCAGAAGAACCGUUCCCAUGGCAGCAGCAGGCCGUGAAGAGACUGGGGCCGAGGUGGAGCCCUGGGCAGCAGCAGUCCCACCGGAAUGGGUGCCUAUCAUCAGGCAUGACAUUUUGUCCCAGAGGAAGAUGAAGGCACAGCCUCCUUUGUCAGAUGCCUACCUUCAUGGCAUGCCAGCCAAGAGAAGGAAGACGGCCCAGGGUGACGGUCCCCAUCUUACUCUGUCUGAGGCGGUGAGCCGGGCUGCCCGGGCUGCUGGCGUGCGGCCUGCAACCACUCCAGAGAGCCUGCAGGGGGAGCUAGAGGCUCCAGAGCUGCAGCAAGCCUACAGUGAACAGGUGAAGAGUGAUGUGAAGAAGCGUCUGAAUGAUGAUCCAGACUACAACUCCCAGCGCUUCCCCAACACACACCGGGCUUUCUCCGAGGACUCCUAAUCUCAUUGGCCGCUUUACCCGUCAGUCUUCUCUUUCCAUCCAGUCAUAUGUAACUACCGAGCAGGUAGACGUCCGGGAGAGGGAGAAGAGGAGCUUCUGGUUGGACAGUGAGGCUUCAUCUUCCAAAGCCCAUUAGUCAGCUCCCUUGAGAUGGGCUGCGUUCAUUGGUCAAGUCCGUUUUUCCUCAUACAUUUACUGCUGCAGUCAGGUCCAUCAGCCACACGCAGGCACGCAUCAGUUACUAUAGUAACGCCCUCACCUGUGGGCGAUGCACCACCUUGCAGCAGUCUUCUGUGAACAACAUCUUGCUUAGCAACACGCUCUCAGCUGUGGACGACACCUGACCUAGCACCACUCUCGCAGUCCUCCCGCUAGACAACACCUUGCUCACUCUGAGGCUUGCUUGUUGAUUUACUAAAUUGUAAUGUUAAGUUGUACAUUGUUGUAAUAAGUUAUUGAGGUGUUGAUAAAAUAAUGGGGGUAAUGAGGUCGGGUUGUUAAGAGGUUAACGGGGCUAAUUAAUGACAAUGAUGGCAUGUAUAUGACCACGCUUGAUAUUUCAGGCUGGAACAGUUUUCUGAUUCAUUCAUUUUAGUCAUCUGGUCACAGGGAGGCCGUGUCCCUGUUGCUGUACAAUGUGUCAUGUGGUGGGCCUGUGACUUUUAUGAGUAAAAAGUUAUCUGUUUGUGUGAGGUGUCUUCCCGUUGGUUGUUUUAGGAGUGAAAUCAGAACAACCCUCUUAACACGUUUUAACUGUUAAAAGAAUAAAGUAUCCACCUUGAUUAGUUUUGACAAAUACUCUGCUUCUCUCUUUGUCUGAAUGCUAUAGUCACACCCACCCUGCCCUUUACAAAGCUGUGUUUUGAUUAUCUGCAAAAUAAAGAAAUAUAAAUCCUU